AUGGCUUGUCUUUCGGAAACCAAUCAUGGCUCAACUUCUUUAUUCAAUCGCUUGAUGGUGAAUGUCGACAUAAGCUACUUCGUAUGUCUAUUCAGUAUGCAUGCGUGUGUGUUGAUAAGCAAAUAUCACCACGUCAGAUAUAAAUCAGUAGACCAAUCGUUAACCAACAAAGACAGCCAGCUUUCCCAAGUCAUUAAAUAUAAUGUCUCUCCUUUGUCCCUUUCUUGUUCUUUCUUUUCUUUUUUUUGUUUGUAUCAGACCAAAUCGUCUGUUUACAUCCUGCGUAUGACAAGUCAACCACAUCUACAUCAUGGUACUUGUCACUCUUUCAAACGAACAAAAAACGCAGGUUCGAAAUGCCUUCACGUUGAUCGACAGCGACUCCAAGGAUGGAAAAAUCACCCUUUCGGAUUUGGUCAAUGUCCACAAAACUUUGGGCUUGGAGCUACCUUCAGACGAAACACUCAAAGACAUGCUAGGCGGCGGGGAUCUGAUUACGUUUGCGCAGUUUUCACAGGUGAUUGCUGUGGAGUUGAGUAA